GUGCGGGAGGCCUUCCUUUGUCCCGCGCUAGGAUUAUGCAGAUGAGCGAGCCUCCAACCCCGGGAUCCAGGCCGAGUCCUUAGGCCCUCACCCCUCCACCCCAAGGCAUCCUCUAUUUAUAAGGCGCGUCCGCUCCUCCGCUCCGUUCGACGCUCCGUGCCACGGACUGUACCAAGUCCAGCGGGGCCGUGAGCCGCGGAGCCCGACACCCGCGCCGGCGCGAGCUCGGCAGCCUGCGCGAGUCUCUGAGCCCUCUUCCCACCGACGGCUAGGAAUGGUCCGUCUGUCCGCGCACGCGCCCUGAGCCCCACUCGCCCCUCGCUCGCACGCUCGCUCGCUCGCCUAGGUUCCCUGAACGCAGGCGCAGUGCCCGGCCUUGCAGCCGCCACCGCCGAGCCCGAGCCGGGGCUGCCGGCGUCGCCUGACGGUGCUUGGCGUCUUAGAAGGUGGUCGUUAAAGGCCCAAGGCAUCGUGGGAAGUUGUCACGGGGCUUUGUCUGGUAUCGGGGUUUGUCCGAGCCCUUGUCCUACCUUAGCGUUGUGCGGGAAGGUAGCUAUUGUGUUCACUCACACCAUCUCGGUUCAGUGUUUUCUGGGGUCCGGGCCACAGUAUUUGCCUUUGUGGGAGGCAGGGGAGACGGUUCCACGUAGCCCUGGCUGGCCUUGAACCCACAAUAUUGUGGAGGAUGACCUAGGAUAUCUAAUCUCCCAAGUGCUGAGUUUGCAGGGAUGCACCACCACGCCCAGAUGAUUUUCACCUGUAGUGCUGAGGAUGUUUUUCUUUUUCUUUUUUACCUCUAUCAUCUUGGAAGUAAGUCUGGCUGCGUACAGGAUUUCUGUACUGAGGGAUGGUUCCACCUGACACCCGGAACAUUCUGGAAGGAGCUUUGUGUAAUCAUCCCUCGCUGCCUGCCAACACUCUGCGAUAGAAGAGCUUGUGGCUGGAGGUGUGACUAGGAGAGCUGGCCGGGGAGGGACCCUGCCCAGUUGCUGCUCUGCUCCCGUCUCUUGUCCCCUCCCCUGGCCAUGACAGAGACCCGUGAGCCAGCUGAGACUGGAGGCUACGCCAGCUUGGAGGAAGAUGAUGAAGACCUUUCCCCAGGCCCGGAGCAUUCUUCUGACUCUGAAUACACUCUUUCAGAGCCCGACUCUGAGGAGGAGGAGGAGGAGGAAGAGGAAGAAGAGGAGACCACUGAUGACCCUGAAUAUGACCCUGGCUAUAAGGUGAAACAGCGCAUAGGUGGGGGCAGGGGAGGCCCAUCCCGCCGGGCACCCCGAGCAGCCCAGCCUGCUGGCCCACCUGCACAGCCCUGCCAGCUCUGUGGCCGAUCACCGCUGGCAGAGGCCCCACCCAGUACCCCACCUUGCCGACUCUGCUGCCCUGCAACAGCAACCCAAGAAGCCCCAGCCCCUGAAGGCAGGGCUUUUGGUGAGGAAGAGGAGGAGCCAUCUCGCAUGGGGGAGAGCCGGCCAGCAGGGCGGGAUGGAGAUGAAGAUGAGGAGGAGGGGGGUACCUACCACUGUACGGAGUGUGAGGACUCCUUUGACAACCUCGGGGAACUGCAUGGUCACUUCAUGCUACAUGCCCGGGGUGAGGUUUAGGUAGGGCCACCAGGGAGCUGGUGGAGGGGUGGGUAGGAGCAGGGGCUGAGGAAGCUGCAGUGGGGGCUGGGGGUCCCACCCAUGUGUUGUCUUAGCAGUAGAUAUGUGAAGGGCAGAAUGAAUAAAAGCCAGAUUGUGUGUAACUGAGUAUGGUGAAUGCAGUCUGCACCAGCAUCCCUCUGCUUCCCCUCCUGAGUGCCACGAUU